AUGAGCACCGACGUUGGCGACGUUCUUUUUUUCCUUGGAGUUGGGGUUGUCGGUGUUUCUGGAAAUAUAUUCAACCUCAUUUUCACUGUACAACAGCAAGUAAAAACCAGAACCAUUCAGACUGUGGGCUUGAUCCUAGAUGUCAUCUCCAUCAGCAACAUCAUCUUAGCACUGGCUAUUCUCAGCAUGGUGGUUGGCAUCUUUCUAAAUCCCCAAAUCUGGUGCAUCAAGCCAUAUCCUUUUGAUCUCCGUCUUGAAAUUUAUCUAAUGUUGACUUGCGGCUUCAUCAGCUUCUGGGCCAUUGCUUGGCUGAGUCUCUUCUACUGCAUCAAAGUUGUAAAUUUCUCCUCUGAGAUUUUCAGAACACUGAAGAAGAACAUCUCAACUGUGAUCAACACUGCGGUGCUGCUGAGCUGCUUGUUCUCCUGCUUGUUUUUCAUCCCACUGUUCAGCCUUGAUACUGUGGAUUCAACGGAACAAAAUGACAAUGCGUAUGGUAAUGUGACCUGUCCAAUGCCUUCUUUCACUAUUCAGAUGAACCAAGAUGCAUACUCAGCUGCUGUUCUGUUCCUCCUCUGCCCAAUUCCACUGAUGAUCAUGUUGCCCACCUCUGUCAGAAUGGUGGUCCAUCUAUGCGCCCACACACGGGCACUCCAAAAGAACCAGACGCAGGUGCAGGGAUCCGACUCAUAUCUCCUUGUGUGCAAACUCACCAUCUCCCUGGUGGGAGUUUAUCUGUUCAACCUAUUCUUUGUGUCUUUGUUCAUCCUUAUGAAGCUAAUCGGGGCAUAUAUCACAUAUCAAUACCUAGUCAGUACUUUUACCUUUUACUGUGGAGUGACUUCAGCACUCCUGACGGCUUCAAACAGGUAUCUGAAAGAUAAGCUCUGGAGUUUGUUCUGUUGCAGAAAAGCAAAGGAGCCAGCUAGCAAAAGCCACACAGUUGUGACAGGGGAUGUUUGA